AUGUUUCGUCUACAGAUCGAGUUGCCUCACGUAAAACAGAAAACAGACUGGGAUUGUGGAUUGGCAUGUUCGUUGAUGGUUUUACAGAAGGUUUUGGGAAAUAAGUUCGAUAACUCGGAAUACGAAGAAAUUUGCGCGAAAAAGAAUUUUGGAAGCAGUGUUUGGACCAUAGACAUUGCUAGUAUUUUCACUGAGUACAGGGUUGAUUACAUUUUCUGCACGAAAACUUUGGGAGUAGAUCCAAGUUACGGGCAAAACUCGUUUUACGAAGGAACCUUCACCUUGGACGAAACAAGAGUAAAUCGCCUGUUCUCUCUCGCACCACAGUUAGAAUUAAAGGUUGAUAAAAGGUAAGUUGUCAUUAAAAAAACCCAAAAUUUUUCCACUAUGGUUUUUGGCCUAAGCUUAAUAGUAAUUUUAUUUAACGAAACAAAAUUAUUAUUUGCGUGACAUGCAUGACGUAGCAUAAAUUAGUUAGUUUGCCCCUCAACCCGUUUGACGUCUAUUGACGCAAUGUGAACUCUUAAUGGCUCUUGUAUAUUCCAGCCCAAAUGAUUUAAUUCGUAUAUUCAGUUUCUUCGUUGAUGGUGACAUAUUCCUGCUGAAAACAUUAAUUAAAAGAAGAGAGAGAGACGCCUUUGCCUGUACACUUUGUACGUGAUGCAAUCAACGUCAGUUAUCACUCAUAUGACCUUCUGGUGAACACGUUUAUUUUGUAAACAAACCCGCGUAAAUCCCGAUAUCAUCCUUAUCUUUGCGUACACUGAUGGGCCUUUAACUUUCAGGUUUUACAGUUGGAACCUUAAAAAUUAUUACUAAACUCUUGAGGUCAUGUUUGAUCCAUUAGAAGAUAAUUUCUAUGUUUACAAUUCCGGAAUUAUCAAUUUUUUAUUUACUUUUAAAAUUGCGGGAUUGAUUUCCAGACUAAAUUUUAGUUGAGUGGUGUAAAAUGAAAAAUCAAAGCAAUUGCAGGUAGAAAUUAAUAAUGAAACACUUUUAAGGAAAGACUAGGUCUCAAAUUGUUUUUUUGGUUCAAAAGAAUGAUUGUGAGACAUCACCAAUUACAUAAGCUAACACGACAAAUCAAUAAGAUUUAAGUUGAACGAUAUUGUUAAUCCCUGCCGUAAUCACCAAAUAGAUUCCAUGUUGUUGUUUGUCUGUUCAUCAGUAGAUCAUGGGUGACGUCGAAAUUUUUGAGAACAAAACAGUGACACACAAGGUGCAGCUGAGUGUGUCUCUGAUUUUCUUACCUUAUUUAUGUUUACUUAUGUACAGACCCACAGCCGCAUGGAUUCUAUUUGUUUUAUAUAAGAACAAAAUAAAAAUUUGUUCAUGGUGAAGUCAUCUGUCUGUCCUCCAAUAGAUCAUUAGUAAGAACUAAACAAAGUGCCUUAUGAUUCAUCUUAUCAUACAAAUACAAGUAACCAAUGAUUAGUAUAAUAUGUAAUUGUAACAUAGAGCAUUAUGAUGAAAGCUACUUUUAAAUGCUUGUAAUUGGCUGAGAAAAUAUUGGCUGAUCUGUAAUUUUACUAUUUCAUUUCAGGAGUGUGUCAUUGGAAGAAAUUAUUUUAAGAUUGCUGAAGGGUUAUGUUGCCAUUGUUCUGGUGAACUCAAAUGUUUUGAUUUGCCACUGGUGUGAAAUAUUUUCUCCAAAUAAACUAAGGAUGCUCACAUCCUGUAUAUGUGCGUCAAAUCAGAGUGACUAUUGUGGCCAUUACAUAGUAUUAUGUGGAUUUGAUGCAGAUAAGAGAUAUGUGUAUUACAAGAAUCCAUCAUUUAACGAAGUUCUUUGCUGUGCAAGAUAUGACAUGUUUGAAUCAGCACGAUGCAGUUAUGGAACAGAUGAAGACAUUGUGUUUGUCAAAGUAGAGGAACCUGAACUUUUGAAGGACACAUUUAUUAAUACUAAAAACAAAAUAUAAUUGAUGAAAGAUUUCAAACUGCAUAGCUAUUCUUAUGGCAAGAAUCACAUUCAAUUUUUUCUGAAGGAACAUUACUUUUAUGCCCAAUAGUAAAAUCUUUUCCCUUCAUAUCCCCUACUUUAUCUUCUUUCCCAUUUACUUGUUUAACCUUUCACUCCCAAGAUCCCAUGAGUAAUACUGCCUGUCAUACAAUUCUUAUGAUGUUACUUCAGAGAAUUUAGAAUUGGAUCAACUAAUAAUCCCCAAAUUGAUAUUUUUCUUUUUUUCCCAUCACUCGUCUACUUGAUCUUGUAAGGAGAAACUUUUGUCUUGGUCACUCAUGGGAGUUUAAAGGUUAACCCUUUAAACUAUGAGAGUGACUAGCAUCUAAUCUCUCCCUACAGUAUCACCCCUGAAUCACAUGUUAAGGUCAUGAGAAUAAAGGAAAUGAUCAAUGAAAGAAGCUUUUGAUUGGUUAACAAAUUCUCCCCAUCAGCACCUUAGGAAAUGUACAAAGAGCAGUAUGGAGAAUAUACAUACUGAUCUUAAAGGGUUAACAUGGUUUUUCACAGGCCUUGUAAAGGUUUGAAUGAAAUUUGCUAGAAACAAGCCAACGUGGAAACAUAGCAAAAUCCAAGAAUGUUUCUUUAAAUGAUUCUAGUCAUUACCGUUGAGUGUAAACAUGGUUUACACAUUGCAAUAAAAUAGGUCUGUUUUGAAAAAACCAUUAUCAGCUAUAUUUGAAACUGCUCCUUUCAACAAAGAACAAAAAUAUUUUU